AUGUCAAAAUAUAUAUCUGUCAAUUUCCAGAAGUCCUCAAAGGACAAGUCGGAAAUAGUAGUGAAAGAUGGUUCAUCUUCUAAAGCAGAAAAAAUAGACGUUGCUCCUAGAGAAGUUGAGAAAAGCAAAAAAAUUUCAACCAAUAAAGUUGAAGUUUUGCAGACCUCAAACGUGUCUUCUUUUUCCUACGAUUCAAAAAAAAGUACAGUUAAUAAUACUAACACUAUUUCCACUAAAAGAAAUAAGCAGUCCAGCGCGACAAAAGAAAACCUUAAUAGUAAAGGUCAGCCCCGCAUACUUAGGAUAGUUCAGAGUAAGAAACUUGUAUCUGUUUGUUAUAACCCUCUUCAGUUAACCCCAUUAUUAUUUAUCAUACUGCGUCCAGACUCGGUUCUCUCUCAAACGCAUGACGUAAGCACGGAAUCAAGAAAUGAUUACACACUCUCUUCAGCUGGAAAUGCUUUCAAUCCGUCUUCACGAUCAGGUUACGAACCACAGGUAUCGGCCAUCGCAGGACCCUCCGGAACUAGUUUAAAGUCAGAAAAGAAAAAGAAAAUCAAUAUUCGGUACAUUCCGUAUGAGUCAGUGCCACCCCCGGUCAAACCCGAUAGUAAGUUAUUGUUCAAUCAUUUGAAUAAGCCGUUACAAAAAUUUACUACCGGCGUUAUUGCGGCUCAAAACUUUCCUAAAGCAACGAACGGAGAUUUACACAAGAUAUGUGAUAAAUACGAUUUAAAACCAAAUCUUGUGGUUAAGCAAAAUAUCAGUAAAUUAUAUGAGGAUACCAGCAUGGAAAAAAUUAUUGCAGAUAUAGAAGAUCGCGUGAUGGAAGAUAUGACUUUGAGAUGUGCGUUAAGGUCUUAA